CGUUUCGGACGAAGACUCUUCUUUACACAACAGCCUCACAUCGAUGACAUAGACUCACACGAAGUGGGCCUGGCUCUCGUCUCGAUUGACCAAUGGGCGCACGGCUUACAUGGGGGAAGCGGGGCGCGCUGAGGAGCCAAUCAGACGCGAGCUCUCUUGGUGACCGCUGGAGUGCACGGUUUCCCCUGCUACCAACAAGACGUUUCCUUAAAGUCACAGUGAGUAAGCAUUUUUUUAGUUAUUGUUUUAACACUGACGUUAUUGGACGCCGUGUUGCAAAGAGCAUGGCGGGCGGUGGCAAGAAGUUGGUGGACGUGGGAUACCGCAUCUUCUCGGGUUCCAUGAUGCUGCUCACUGUGUACGGCGGGUACCUGUGCAGCGCGCGUGUCUACCGUUACCUGCAGCGCCGCUCACACCUGCGCGCCGAGGUUGAGCGGCAGGCGCUGGAGGAUCUCAAGGAGUGAGGAUGGUGGCGGGCUCCCCGACGGGGGGGGGGGGGUGGGCAGAGUUCGUGACCUUUCCUGGGCGCCGAGAACGAGGCCGCCCCCUAACGUGACUCUCGCCCGUCCCUGCUGAAUGUCUCCGCUCAGCUCCCUUCGCCUGCGACCGGGUUUCCCCAAAGCCAUUCUGGGAAGAAUGUCCUAACCAAGAUUCAAGUUCUCCCAGAUGAACACAUCAUCGUUGUCAUUGUCAACAUCAUCAUACACCUCUCAGAUGUGUUUUCAGAUUGUGUCGCACUAAAACGUCGGGCAUCACGCGAAAUAACAUGCGCUACAACCCAAAAAUAUCGGAGAGCUGUACAACACAAUCACGAAAACCUACACGGUUGUAUUAUUGUCUUCGUUGUAAUAUAUUGACAACCAGAAAAUUC